AUGAUGCUUUCUCAACUGUCCAUGAUAUCAACUCUUCUUUUGGUUGUGGUCACGACCGUUGCUAUAGGAUCACCGGUGAAGACUAUCGAUAGUAUAGAACUUGAAUCUAUCGAGAGUAUCAAAUUUCAAAUGAAGCCUGGUAAUCAGACUUUGAAUCGACGUUACGUAGUUGGAGUUCCGGGUGUUCCUCAAUGUCCGGAUAACCGAUUCCCCAAUUUGAUGUAUUCCUUCUGCUUUACCGAAGAUAAGAUUCGGUCCGUGUGCGAGUCCGCUGAUUUCCCAGGGACCAUCGCGACGAACGACGUUGAUUGCCCCGAGGAAACUACCUGCGUGGAUCUUAUAGCCAAUGAUCAAUCCCCCUACGCAUAUUGCGUCCAUAACGAUAACAUCAGGCGUUGGAGCAACGGUCACAAUGAUGGCAUCGUCUGCACCGACGAAUUUCUAAUUAGUAAUGCCAAUGGGUUCGUAACGAUGGGGGUCACCGUAUAUGAUGUUAACCGCAAUACAAUUCAGGUUAACGAAAUGUACUAUUACGAAGGAGAAUCGUCUCAGACCAGGUAUACUACCCACAACAUAUCCCUGAUUAUAGAUUACCACGAGGGUGAAACUUUAAAGGCGUGCAUGGAAACCGGUACAGAUAACACAGUGUGGGGUGUGACUGGCGGACUUAUCGGGAGUCUUUA